UACCAGCGCUUCAUUGGCCUGGGUCACUGCACCCAGGAGCCUCCGCUUGUCAUGGCCCGACAGUGCGUCUGGUCCCUGUGGCUCCUACUUGCGCUGCAACCCCUUUGGCUACUGAUCCUGGCUGCCCCGCUUCCAGAGUUGGCCCGGGACCUGACUAAACCCCGGUCUUCGCCCUCCCAUGAUCACCUACCCGAAUCAGCCCAUAAUCUUAUAUCCUUGCCUGAGCCAGAGGGCUCUGACUACAUGGAUCCUCCCGCUCCAGCCCAGAUGCUGGCCCCGCCUCAGGAAUUAACUGAGACUUUGGACAUGGAUUCAGCUACAGAGCCACCCUCAAUGCCAGACCAAUUUGCUGGCACACAUCAGGAUCUUAAUGACCACCUAACUCCACAUCAGAAGCUUCCAGAGGUGGGUCCUGUGCUAGACCUGGAUCAGAAACAGGCCUUAGCUCUGCCUCGUCAACUCAGAAGAAAGAUUGAAACUCCAGGUAUGAGUCAGGCUGAAGAUCACCAGUCAUUUGAAAUACUUGUGUCGUCUCUAGAUAGUCAUAGUUCAAGAGCAACUAAGUUUAUUGUUUCACCUCCAAACCUGAAAAAGGAUCUAGCUCAGCAUAGACGACUUGCUAAAUCAGCCUCCAGAAACCCCGAGGAGGUUGGAUUUGAGCAUACUCACCCUUCUGACGUGGAAGGUCCUGAGUUUCCUGAGGAGGAGAAACCUUCAGUCCAACAAGAGUCUCCUCAGGCAAUGAAACCUUUCGUAGCCCAUCAGGAAGUUCCAAAUCUGCCUCCAGAGCCCGCUACGGAGAUGGAACCAUUUCCACUCCAGCAGGAAGGCCCAGCUGAGACUUUGCAGAUCACUGAAGAGGUUAAACCUCCAGUCCCAGAGGAGGUCCCAUCUAAGCCUUCUGAACCCCCUCAUAAGGUAGAACCUUCUCCAGUGCAACAGGAAACCCCAUUUCAGACUCCAGAAAUACUUGAGGAGAGUGAGCCAUCGCUAACUGAGCAGGUGGCCCAGACUCAGUCUCUACAGCCACCUGAGGUAGUUCCAACUCCAAGUUCAGUGCAUCAUGAGAUGACUCUUCAACCUCCAGGGCAGAAUCAAAUUCAUCAUUCAACCUUGCCCAAUGUCACAAUUAAAUCAGUGGAUGUGGAGCUUACCCUAACUCAAGUGCCUACUAAGGAAGUUCAGUCUUGUCCAACUCAGCAGGAAGCCACAGCUCCAUCUCAGAUGCCCUCUGAAGAGAUUGAGCCUUUCCCAGUCCAGCAAGAGGUGGGACCUUCUCCAACGCAGCAGGAGGCACCAGAUCACCCUCCUAAACACUCUGUGGAGGUGGGACCUUCUCCAGUCCAGCAGAAGAUUCUAGCUCACCUUCCUAAGCCCUCUGAGGAGGUGGGACCUUCUCCAAACCAGCAGGAGGCAGCAGCUCACCCUCCUAAGUCCCCUGUGGAGGUGGGACCUUCUCCAACCCAGCAGGGGAUUCUAGCUCACCCUACAAAACCUCCUGAGGAAGUUGGUCCUUCCCCGGGCCAGCAGUAG